AUGAAGCUAGCAGGCGCAUUAUUAAUACUACAGACGAGUCAGACAAGGGCGAAGGAGGCCCUCCUUGAUGAUUUCUCGACUUGGCUCGAGGAUCACACAGAAGAUUUUUCUGGCGAUGGAGCGCCAACAACAACGACUGAGUUGAUGACCACGACAUCAACCGAAGCUGGCACUACCCAAGAACCAGAUACAACCUCCGUCCCAAUAACUGAUGACCCCUUGACAACAACAACGACUACUAGUGCACCAACUACAACAACAGCUCCACAAAGUUGGCUCUCUGAAAUUGAAAAAAUCGCCGUUUCAGUUUUCCCACAAUUCAUCGCUAAACUUCCAGGAGCUACAAACAGUGAAGAAGAAGACGCAUUGAGAUCUGCCUUGGAAGACGCCCUAAGCAAUUUCCAGCCUGGAGAUCUUUCUUACGACUACACAUGCACCGUGCAUUCAGUUGAAAAACUUAGACAAAGCAGUCACUUCAAAGUGAAACUUGAAUGUCUCGUGAACAUAGCCGAUGUUGAAAGCUUGGACAGCCUUGAGAACGAAGAAGCUUUGUUGAGUGACAUCCUUCAAUCUGCACCGGCACCAUUUAGCAAUGGCGAUGAAAUUACCGAAUGGCAGGACAACGUCGUUACGUACUCUUACGAGACGCCAGAUUCAUGCGACGCAGAUAACAACGGCUGUGCUUAUGACUGUUUUGAAGGAGUGUGCAUUUGCCCUAUUUGCUGGGAGCUAGACGAAGAUGGAAAGUCGUGCAAACCAGAGACCGGCAGACUAAACAUCGGCUGCUCGUCUGACAAGAUGCAUGUCUGGAUCGACUCGUGCGUAAUCCCACACGCGGGAAGUGUCUACAUUGGCGAGGAUGACUGUACAGGCGAGAAAGAUGGAAACAUCUAUCACUUGACGAGUCCCCUUGAUGGAUGUGGCACUUCGCUAGCAAAGAUUGGAAAGAAUUCUCUCAUCAGACUUGGUCCCGAAACGCAAAUUGAUCUGAGCUGCAGAUACGAUUCGGUUUACGACAACAUCACUGCCAUCACUACCAUCGACUCGAACGACUUCAGCACUGGCGGCGAGGGAUCCGGCAAGCUCAAAUUCCAUAUCACUUCCUACACGGACGAAACUUUCGAAGAAGAGAUCUCAGACGACCACACAACGAAGCUCGGUUCGAAGAUCUUCUUUGGCGUCAAGAUCGACCAGCCCAUCGACGGUGUUGAAUUUGCCAUCAGCGAUUGUAAAGUCGUCGACGAGCAACUUGGCCUUGAACAUUCGAUCCUUGCCGACUUCUGUCCCGACAAUUUUGUUGAAAUGGCGGCGAAAUCGACUUUUGUCGACAAAAACGAAGUGUUCAUGAGUUACAAGUCAUUCCUCUUCGUGACGAGCGAGGAAGAAAUCAGCGAAUUGAAACUUGUUUGCCAGGCUGUGGCAUGCGCAACAGACGAUUUCAGCUCAGAGUGUCAGUCAACCAGUUGUCUCAACCGCCGCGGCCGUCUCUACCGACGAUCAGCGGGAUCAUCACCACUUGAAGAAAAUUCUAAAAUCUACACGAUUUCGAUGAAUCUCAAGCAUCGAACCGAUCGAAAGUAA